AUGCUUAAGCUGGGAUAUGUGUCCUCUUUUAUAGGCCUUGGGAGGUGUGCAAUUUGUUUAGAGUUUCGAUGUGGGACUCUGGGCGUCAAUCGUGGAGCUGCCACGUGCCAGAGUGGGCAAGGUUGCCCUAAUGUUGUGAUCGGUAGGUCCAGUACCGAAGGUGAGUGCCGAAGGCACACGAGUCCCCCAAGUCCCCUUGCAAGAGUCUUCGGAAGGGGAUUUGAAUUCGUCCUCGGGAGGAAACACGGCCUUACCGUUCGGCAACCCCCCUUGGGGGAGGGGCAAAACCCUGUUCCUUCCGGCAUGACCAGUUCAGAGGCUGGCGUUGAUGAAGUCAGAAGGUCGCGUCGAUCUGACGGGUGA